CCCGCCCCCCCGCCGGUGAACUCGGCCGCGGCCGUUGGGCCGUUGGCGCCGUUUGGGCGGUUGUCUUGGAGAAGCAAGAUGGCGGCGACGGCGACCGCGGUGGCCGCGGAGGAGGACACGGAGCUGCGGGACCUGCUGGUGCAGACUCUGGAGAACAGUGGGGUCCUCAGUCGCAUCAAGGCUGAACUCCGAGCCGCUGUGUUUUUGGCCCUAGAGGAGCAAGAAAAAGUAGAGAACAAAACUCCUUUAGUCAAUGAGAGCCUGAAAAAGUUUUUAAAUACAAAAGAUGGUCGUUUAGUGGCUAGUCUUGUUGCAGAAUUUCUUCAGUUUUUCAACCUUGACUUUACUUUGGCUGUUUUUCAACCUGAAACCAGCACAUUUCAAGGUCUUGAAGGUCGAGAGAAUUUAGCCCGAGAUUUAGGUAUUAUUGAAGCAGAAGGUACCGUGGGUGGACCCUUGUUGUUAGAAGUGAUCAGACGCUGUCAGCAGAAAGAAAAAGGCCCAACCAGUGGGGAAGGUGCACUGGAUCUAUCUGAUAUACAUUCUCCACCAAAAUCACCAGAAGGAAAAACAAGUUCACAUACAGUUCCAAGUAAGAUACCAAGGUAUAAAGGACAAGGUAAAAAGAAGAAAAGCGGGGAGAAGUCUGGUGACAAGAACAUCAAUGAGGCUAGUCAGAGUGAUACAAGUAUCUCUUCAUCAGAACCCAAGAGCAAAAGUAGUCUUCACUUACUGGCCCAUGAAACAAAAAUUGGAUCUUUCUUAAGCAACAAAACUUUAGAUGUCAAAGACAAAGCUGGUCUUUGUGCAGAUGAAGAUGAUAUGGAAGGAGAUUCUUUCUUUGAUGAUCCCAUUCCUAAACCAGAAAAAACUUAUGGUUGGAGAAGUGAUCCUAGUAAAGGGGGAAGCCUUGCGUUGCUCUCAGACGCGCCACCCUUAAAAAGUGGGCUCAGCUCCCUUACCGGAGCCCCAGCAUUGAAAGAAUCUGAAAGUAAAAGGGGAAACACAAUUUUGAAAGAUCUGAAAUUGGUCAAUGAUAAAAUUGGAUCACUUGGAUUAGGGACUGGAGAAGAAGAUGACUACAUUGAUGAUUUUAAUAGUACCAGCCAUCGCUCAGAAAAAAGUGAAAUAAGUAUUGGUGAAGAGAUUGAAGAAGACCUUUCUGUGGAAAUAGAUGACAUCAAUACCAGUGAUAAAAUUGAUGACCUCACGCAGGACCUUACUGUAUCCCAGCUCAGUGAUGUUGCGGACUACCUAGAAGAUGUUGCAUAGACAAAAAUGAAGGAAAUAUUCUCAUUAAAAAAGGACAGAGGACUCUGACCAAGUACAUUUUUUUUCAGACAAUCACUCUUUGCUGGGGUGUCUGUUCCCUGUUGGUGCCUUGUGUUUCAAAAAGACUGCAGAUAUUUUUAAAAAUUAGCUUUUCACUAUAAACAAAAUACUUCCUAUUUGAGCCCAUGUGUGGAAGAUUUAAUCUUAAUUCGGUUUAGCUACACAUUUCCCUAUGGAAAUCGACUAUUUGCACUCAUGUUGAUGCCAGGAGCAAGCCUGUGAAAAUACCAGUAUUACAAAGAGCAUCAUGGAAGGUGUCAGUAAAGCUGUAGGUUCACACGAGUCUGCACGCAUGCAUGUGUGUAGCUGCGAGUGUAAAAUGGUAUUUUAAAAUUGUGGCUUUAGCCAUCUAGAAUCAAAGCUUACUCACUAUUUUGUAUUUUGGUGUUAGGUGAUUAUGCAGAAAGUUGGCAAAAUAACCUGGUAAAUUUUUGGUACUAGAGCAUAUUACUAUAAGUUAAAUUUAAUAUGUCAGCUUUAUUUUGUAUUUCCUUCCAUUUGGAAGGUUCGUUAGACCAUUAAGGUUAUCUUAAAGUGCUUUUUUGUGUGUUAUUUUAUUUACUUUAUUUUGCUUAUUUUAAAAGAAAUCUAGAAGUGGUUAUGACUUUUAAUUCCUAGAUAUUGUCAAUAACAGUUAAAAUUUGCUGUCGACACCCUUUGUCCAUGUAAGAAACUUUAAUCACUGGUUCUCUUCAUUAUAGUUAUAAUUUAUUAUUUGUAAGGAUGCCUUGAAACAUAUUAAAUACCAAAAUACAUCUGAAACCAUUAAGCAGUGCUUUUAUUUCAGAUCUGUAAGUUGAUGAUAUUAAAAUCCAAAUUGGAGCGUGAAAGUAGUAAUGGCCUAAGACCAUAUUCAGUUUGACAGAAAAUUUGUAUAAUGUACAUAAUUUCAUUGUAACUCUUUACAAAUAGAGCCAAGUAGCAGAAUUCCAGGCAGUCUCAUUUGUACUGUUAUGUAUUGUACUGCUUUUAUGUAGGUCAUUGACAUUCACAAUACUGAAGUAUUUUAAAAUGUGCAAAUAGGAAAAAGCAACUAAAAGUGAUGCAUGCAUAUUCAUAUAAAUAUAAAUAAAGUUAAGAUUGUGUUAAAUUUUUGUACUUUUUUAUUUCAUUUAAAUUAUGGCUUUUUAUUAAAAGUCACCUUAACUAAAGGAGCAAGUUAGACCACAUUUCUUUAUCUCUCAUGGUUUGCAUGAAGUCAGUUUUUCUUUUCAGUUUAACUUAAUUAUUAAAUAUUUAAAGGGAAAUAAAAAUGUAAGGAUUAAAAGCUAUAUAACAUUAAAAUCUGAUUUUUAAAAUUGACAUGAAACAGCCUUAGACAUCAAGAGGAAGUAGGAUAGAAAAUGGGCCAGUGUAACUGCUUGAAAGCCUUGCUUUAGGUCUGCCCUAAAUUUGUAGACCAUUAACUCAGUCUCCUUAGGGCUUUCCGUAUUUUUACAUGAAUGCUCCAUUGAGUAAACAGUACCACGUGUGGAGAUGUAAUCUGUUGCUAAAAGUCCCCUAAUUUGCUUGUUAGGAAAUGCUCUUCAUUGUAUGUCAUCUCUGAGGAAAGCGUGAAACAAUUGCUUUCUAUAAAGCAUUAUAUUUAUGUUAUGCCUUUCUGUAAUCUAUAUCAAAUGUGUUUUAAUAUUACUUGAUAGGAGUUAGAUUUCAGUGAAAAUAAUUUGAAAGUAUAGCAGAGUAUAAUUUUAAGUUAUGGAAAACUUUUGAGUAGUAUCUGAGAUUUGUUAUUUUUCUGUUACCCAGAGAACCUGACCUUUAGAUAAUAUUUGGAAGGAUGGGGAGAAAAAUGCCAAAUAUGAAACUUUUAUCACCAACGCUAUAUACAUCUUACUGAAUAAUUUUGAAUAACUUAAAAUUCAACUGUGAAAAAGUUGUUUCCACAUGUGUUCUUUGAUUAGAUAUUUUUAACUCAUUAAACUUUAAAAUGUAGAGUAACAGAAGGUUUUGAGUGUGAUUGGUGUGUGUAUUUUUGUUUAAAAAUAUAUAUUAAAAUAUU